AUUACACCAAUACACACACAACACUCUCCUUAAUUAUCGUUUAUAUAUAAACAUUUAUUCUCCACCCAUUUCUUCAAAAUUAAGAGUAUUGCCUUCUUCGUUCUCUAGACAAAACCUCAAAAAAAACAUACAAACAAACAAAAAAACCGAACAUGGAAGAACAGUUUCCUAAAAUAGAAACUAGUUUCAUGCACGACAAGCUCUUGUCUUCUGGUAUCUACGGGAUCUUGAGUUCUUCACCGCCACCACAACUUCUCGGUGUUCCAAUAUUCUUGGAAGGUAUGAAAUCUCCUCUUCUUCCUCCUCCUUCUUCGACUCCAAGUUACUUUCUCUCGCCGCCUCAUGAUCAUGAGCUUACUUCUUCUAGUCUUCAAUCUCCGGUAGCUUCUGUUCCUUGGAACUUUCUAGAAUCUUUUCCUCAGUUUGAUCAACGUCCUGAUCAUGAUCCUUCUAAACCCCCAAACCUUACCUUGUUUCUCAAAGAGCCAAAGCUUCUAGAGCUAUCUCAGUCCGAUACCAACAUGAGCCCUUACCAUAAAUACAUCCCAAACUCUCUUUAUCAAUCAGAUGAAACCAGAAACGAGUGGGUAGAGAUCAACAAAACCCUCUUAACCAACUAUCCCUCAAAAGGGUUUGGAAACUAUUGGUUAAGCACCACCAAGACUCAACCCAUGAAGUCAAAAACAAGAAAGGUUGUUCAGACGACUACACCAACAAAGCUGUAUAGAGGAGUGAGACAAAGACAUUGGGGCAAAUGGGUGGCAGAGAUCAGGCUACCAAGGAACAGAACACGUGUUUGGUUAGGCACUUUUGAAACCGCUGAGCAAGCAGCAAUGGCUUAUGAUACAGCAGCUUAUAUCUUGCGUGGCGAAUUCGCGCACCUCAACUUUCCUGACCUUAAACAUCAGCUCAAGUCAGGGUCUUUGCGAUGCAUGAUCGCCUCGCUUUUGGAGUCCAAGAUUCAACAAAUCUCCUCCUCCCAAGUAAGUAAGUCUCCUCCUCAAGCAAAAGUGGAAUCAUUGGAGACAAAGAACCACAUGAAGAUGGAGCCAUCAGGAGAAGUAGUGAUGACAAAGAAACACAAAAGCCAUAAGGAAGUAAUGGAAGGAGAUGGUGUACAAUUGAGUAGGAUGCCUUCUUUGGAUAUGGAUCUCAUUUGGGAUGCUCUCUCCCUUCCUCAUUCUUCUUAAUUUAACUUUCAAAGUUAAUGUCACAAUUACUUCUUAUAUCAUUUUUAAGUUUCCAUUAAAAGAAAGAUAUUCAUAAUUUGGUUCGCACAUUUGGAGUUGAACACAUUGUAUUCCUUAUUACAACCACAUAAUCAAGUGGUUCUCUCUUUUUUGUCUGCUAAUUAAUUGUUCUUUUCUUUGUCGUUA